GCUUCUCUCCACAAUUGAAGUAUGACAACUCUAUUGACGCGUACGAUUCAAUUACAAUUUGGAAGAAUAAACAUAAAAUCUGUUACUUGUGGAAGUCCAGCGGAGGAGAAGAAGGUAACCAAAUUUGGAAUGGGACCUUCUGCGCAAACAGUAGAAGGCUAUUCAUCAGCUAUACUCUCUCCUCCUCGAGCUGCAGAGGUCAUGAGAUCGAAGCACAUCAGCGCCACAAUUGGGGAAAUUUCCGUGCUGGCGGAACCAAUUUCAACUUCACAUCCGUUGCGGCUUUCAUCCUUUAGGGAAAAUGUGAAGAGCGAGGCGGGCCUUUCCCGUCAUCUGUCGAUAGAUGAAGAGGGGGUGCACGCACAAACACAGCCCCUCAUUAAUAACCAACGGAGGCGUAGGUGUGCGAGCGAGAGCAAUAUUUGUGAAAUGGGAGGGCUGCGACGAAGGCAGCAGUCCUUCAGGGAUGGCGUUGGACAUGCCGCAGCAGAAACAUAUCUGCUCACUAGAUUAAGCUUCAAAUUGCUCAGAUAUCUCGGUGUAGGUUAUAGGUGGAUUACAAAGUUCCUAGCACUUGGAUUUUAUGCAAUGUGCCUUCUACCUGGAUUUCUUCAAAUUGGAUAUUACUACUACUUCUCAAAAUGUGUCCAUCGAAGCAUAGUUUAUGGGGAAGAGCCCAGGAAUAGGUUGGAUUUGUAUAUACCAGAGAAUAAUCAUGAACCAAAACCGGUAGUAGCCUUUGUAACUGGUGGUGCCUGGAUUAUUGGGUAUAAAGCUUGGGGUUCUCUUCUUGGUCAAGAGUUGGUGGAAAGAGAUGUAAUUGUUGCAUGCAUUGAUUACAGAAAUUUUCCUCAAGGCACUAUUAGUGACAUGGUUAAAGAUGCAUCCCAGGGCAUUUCAUUUGUAUGCCAAAAUAUUGCUGAAUAUGGUGGUGAUCCAAGCAGGAUAUAUGUGGUGGGGCAGUCAGCGGGUGCACAUAUUUCUUCUUGUGUGUUGGUUCAUCAAGCAAUAGAAGAAGCUAAAAUAGGAAGAGAAAACCUUUCAUGGAGCACCUCUCAGAUUAAAGCGUACUUUGGUAUUUCUGGCGGAUACAAUCUACUUCAUCUAGUGGAUCAUUUUCAUAAACGAGGCCUAUAUCGUUCUAUUUUUCUGAGUGUAAUGGAAGGGGAAGACUCUUUGGCUCACUUUUCUCCAGAAAUAUUGGUACAAAAUCCAUCUUAUAGGGAUGCAGUUUCUCUUCUGCCCCCCUUUUAUCUAUUGCAUGGCACAGGAGAUUACUCUAUUCCAUCAGAGGCCAGCACAAAAUUUUCUGAUGUUCUUCAGUCGGUAGGAGCUCAAGCUGAGGUAAAACUAUACAAAGAUAAGACUCACACUGAUUUGUUUUUGCAGGACCCCAUGCGAGGUGGGAAGGAUGAACUUUUGGAGGAUAUUCUUUCUGUUAUUCAUGCAGGAGAUCCAGUGGCUCUUGCAAACGAUGCAAUUGCACCUCCAAGAAGACGCCUUGUACCAGAGAUCCUGUUGAAGCUAGCUCACAAAGUUAGUCCAUUCUGACCGUGUAGAAGAUAGGCUGACAGCAUAUACAAGAUGGCUCAGUAGAAAUCAUUCUAUUUUUUAAACUUGCUGGAGCAAGAUCAAUUUCUAAUUCUAAUUUGGGGUGUAAUUAUUCAUUUUCUAGCUUCAUGGCCAAAGAAAUCUUUUCAUUCUUUAAAUGUUAUCUUUGUUAUAUCUGGCACAUUAAGAGGACAUAGGAAACGUUUGAUAGUCAAUGUAUUUAAUUUGGUGCAUCUAUGAUUGCGCCAGUCCUUGAAAUGUGCAAAAAAAUGUUUCUUUAUGCCAUUCUAGAGGUGUGCAUACUUGA